AAUAAAAAAUUAAUCCAAAUAUUCCCUUGGGAAGACAAGAUAUGAAGUGAGCUAGUAUAUAGGAGAAGGAUCUACAAAAACACACGGAGCACUUGGAUAUGCCCGCCCUCAAAAGCUCACUAUCCGUGGCCAUAUUUGCAAGCUACCAAACUCUGCUCAACAAGAUUCUCAAAACCAAAAUAAGAAAAUAAUAAAAUAAAAUGCAUAAACUAGCUCAAUAUGGUGGACCAAAACUAAAGUCUUCUCUGUCUCAGAUGGGAUAGAACAGAGAGAUUAUUUCUCUCUCUUAGGCAAGCAAAGCUACUGUGUGACUCACUAUAAAAGGCCCUCACCAACCCAGGCCUUCUUCUCCAGAGCACCAAGCUCACUCAUCUAACCAAGCCACAGCUUGACAGCGCUAGCUACCGAGCCUCUACCAUUCACAAGCAUUAGCAAAAAGAAGAGAGCAACACGAGCAAGAUGUACCACAACCAUUUCCAUGGCGAGGUGGCCAGCCUCCGCUUCCUCUCCCCACCGAGCGCUUCCUUCGCGCACCACCACAUGAACAUGGCCUUGCCGCCUCAGGCCUACUUCCCGCCGUCCUUCGAGCCGGCCUCGGCUUUCCAUGACGACGCCGCUGCUUCUCUGCUCUCCGUCGACGGCGGCGACGUGCCCAGUUUUGAGGUCGACACCGUUGUCCGGGAAGCGGCGGCUCACCUCGCCGGCCGCAAUGGCGCCUCGCCCAGCUCGGGCUCGGGCUCAGACGGCGGCGCCGCGGGCAGCGGCUACCAGAUGAACGCGGUGGCGGUGGCGGCCGAGGAGGAGCGCCGGCGCCGCCGGAUGGUGUCGAACCGGGAGUCGGCUCGGCGGUCGCGCAUGCGCAAGCAGCGGCAGCUCACCGAGCUGUGGGCGCAGGUCUCGCACCUCCGCGGCGCCAACCGCCGCCUCCUCGACGAUCUCAACCGCGCGCUGAGGGGCUGCGCCGACGCCCGCCGCGAGAGCGCGCGGCUCAGGGACGAGAAAGCCGAGCUGGCCAAGAAGCUCGAGCACCUGCUGCAGUCGGCCACGGCCACGGAGAAGGGCGCCUCCUCCGCCGCCGCCGCCGCCUCUAGCGAUCGCAGCUGCUCAUCGGAGCCAGGCAACACCACCGCCAGCGCCGAUACCUCUGAAUGACCCGACUACAUUAUCCCACCCAAUGUUUACUUGAGGAUAAUAUAAUUGGAGUAUAUAUCAAUAAGAACAUGUGUGAUUAAGCAAGGAUAAUUUAACGAGACGGAGGUAUGCAUGCAUGCUCCUUCAAUCGAUUCAAUAUUUCUAGGAGAUUUUUUUUUGCUGUUAAUAAGGAGAUGUUUUAGUAUUUACCAAUGGAUAAGUUAACGUCGAUCAGAUAAUUCAGAUAAUCAUAUCAUAUAUUACUCUAUUCUGCGAGUUGCAACCUUGCAGCCAAUGGAGCUGAAAAGUGGCAAGACCAUAGGAUGAGACAUGAGAGCGACAGCAAUUUUUUUUUUUGGCGGGUAGACAGCCGUAAAAUUGAAACGUGAGAUUUCCCGAUUUUACCGCGUUCCAGGUCGCCUUCUUGCGUUCCGUACGAGACCUUAUAACUCGAAGGUUGCCAUAAUCCUGUGCAACUGAUGAUCAGUGAUGACACGGCUCCAACUUAUACGUACUUCAACUGAUCAAUUAUAUGCUAAAUUUCCUAAUUAAUGGAUUGUAUGCUUCUCGUAGUGUCAGUCGUCUAGUAGAGCUUUCUGCUUUUCUAUUUUAGCACAGCAGAAGCAGAGCCUGAUCAUGCUGUACCAGUAUCAGACAAGCUUCGGCAUAUGUAUCAACCAGAUUUGGAAUAUGAAUAUUGUAGCAUCAA